AUGAUGGAUAGCUCCGAAAUUUCCCUUGAACAUGCCCUCAACGCAACCAAUGCGCUGUAUCUCCGGAGUCUGAGCAAACCUAAUGUGGUGGAGUUACCACCUGGGGUUGUAAAACCAUCAGACUUGCCCUUGGAGAUUGUGAAGGAUGAUGCGAAAGUCAAGCAUGUCUUUGAUGUGAUUGGUGAGGUAGAUUUCCCUGAGGCAAAGCGCAAUGAGGUCACAAACGCUUGCGUGGAAGGUAGGUUUCAUGACUUGCCAGAACCCUUUUGCCUGAAAAACUCGCCGGGUAUGCAGUUUGAAUAUCAACUUGUCGCAUUGCCUGCUCCGAAUCGAAAGCACUUUGUCUUGAAGCAUGUGAUCUUCCCUUGUCUUGUCAAGACCGACUUCGUCAAGUCCCUUUGUUAUGGUGAAUGUCAUGGAGUGAUGUGGCAUGGCAAUGCGAAAAACACCAAAAAGGCACUCCACUACAUGAUGGAAAAAAUGGGAGGUUUUCAAGUCCAAAUGUAUUCCCUUCAACCAGCAGGUGGAAACAGCGCAGAGGGCAAGGUGAACUUCUACACUGGGCUUAAUGAUGAUGAUAUCGAUGCAGGCUUCGACUACAUCGAAAAACAUGGUCCCCGCACCCACCACAGCAACACACAGUUGCGUUGGAUCUCAAAGCAGUUUAUUUCAGAGGACAGCCCAGUUAGCAAAUGGCCGGAACGUCUGAUCAAAGAGGCCUUGCGCAACCUCAUGAAUGAUGGUGUUUUGGCCUUACCUGUUCAUGACUUUCCUCUUACCUUGGUUGAUGUUGAGCCUGGAGUCCUGAUGAUCUUGGAGAAGCUCUUCCCUUCUUUCACUGACAAAGCUCUUGGUAUGCAUGGAUUCCGUGAAGCCAGUGAAUUUGAUUUCUUUAGAGGUGAGGCUGGUCGUCCAGAGCGUCCAGACAUUUUUGAUGAUGGGUCAUUGCCAGAACAACCCAUGAGAAAGUUGAAGGGCUUUUGCGAUGUAGGAAACACAGUCCUCACCAAAGAGCGGUGGGGUGCUGCAAAGUUCCCCCAGGGCCAACCCCGCCUUUACAUCUCCAAUGAUGUUGAUCUUAGCGCCGAACCAUCCGGUAGAUCCAUGGUGAUCACCCACAUUCAAUUCAUGCAGAUGCUUGAGCCAGCUUGGAUGAAAGGGUCUUGUUUGAGUGACAUCAAGGCUGUGCUCAAACGAACUUGCAUCAUCAUCAUCACAGACAGUUUCAUCUACUACAGGCCUGCUACAGAGGCAGAGGUUUGUGUAGAAUGUAUCAAGCUCAAUGAUGCCAAGUCCUUGCUUCGUAGGUCUGGUGGGGUGAAGUACAUGGCCUAUAGGAAAGGAAACCGUGAUCUUUCUGAAGACCAUCACAAACAUCUUCAGUGGGAAGAAGCCUGGAUGAGGAGCAUCAUGGACAACAAAGGUGAAAACAAACCGCCUAUGCCCACAGAAACUUCCAUCACUUCUCCUUUCUCAGGCAAGACCAAUGUUUCUAUCCAAGUUCAUCUUGAAGAAUCUGGCCCCGCACCAGCCAUCAAACGAGAAAGCUCCUUCUUUCGCCAGACUUUGCGUGAUGGCAUCCCUGGUGCUUGCAUUGACUUGGACAUGUCCCCUCCCAAGAAGGCAAGAAAGGUCCCAGAAUCCUUGCCCGCUAUCAAGGAGGAAACUCACGCAACCGCAACCAGACCAAUGAACUAUGGCCUCAUUGAUCUAGUGUCUGAAGAUGAGGAUGAACCUCCCACCAAUCCCCCUUGGAGAUUGCAGGUAGUGGUAGAAACAAAAAGGUGCCCUCAGUGCAAAAUGAUCUAUGGACCAAACUUCCGCAACCGCGAUGUGCAAUUGAUCAACACAACCAAGAUCUCGGACAUGGCCUUGGACGAAGUUUUGUUCAUCAACAUGAAGGUUGGCUUCACAAUCAGGUUCUUGAAGUACCAUGCCUACUUGUUCUUUAGAUGUUGCAGCACUGGUAGGGGAGUUCACUUUGCAUAUGAACAAACCUUCUUCGACAAUCUUGCUGAUGAGACCCCUCCUCUCCACACAAAGUUCCGAGAACUCUACUAUGAUGGGCUCUUCUACUACAUGGUGGGUUUGGAAUGGGAAGUGCUUGGCAAACACACAAGCAUAGUUAUUGGGAAAGAAAUCGACGAAAGCACCUUGAUGACAUAUGAUGCUCAUUGCCAUGAACAUCUCCUACCUCCCUUGCGCCCCAAGAAAGUCAGCGGUGUGGUUGCAGAUGGUCAUCACAAAGUCUUAGUGAAAACGUGUGGAAACCAAACUCCAACAAACAAGAAUCGCGUUGGUCGACCCCGUGAUGAUGGCAAUCAAAAACGUGGUCAUGGUCAUGGUUGGUUCAUGGUGGUUGACCCAGUCUCAGGCCGAAUCCUUGGAGUCACUAGUCAAGAUGAACCUGAAGGAAACAAAGUUGUCACACAGUCCUUGCUGAAAAUCUUGCCCCAGUACCCCAACAUUGAUCUCCUUGUCAUGGACCGAGCCUGCCACUACAUGCCAUCGGCUGUCAAGACACCAGGACUGGAGCAGCUGAAGUACUUUAGUUUGGACAGGUUCCACUCUUAUGGUCACACCAAGAACUGCCCAUGCAACCCCCGAUCCAAGACCCGCCUCAAGAAACGCAUCAAGAACUUGAACACCUCCAUAGCUGAGCAAACCUUUUCUUGGUUUAGAGGAUACAGCAAAGUCUUGAAUGACAUGCGUCCCCUUCGGCAUCGAUUUGCAGUACUCUUGUUCUGCAAACAGCACAAUGAUCUGGUAGCUUGCAGUGACACGUACCACCUCAACCAGUACAAGGUCUACAAGGGCAAAGGAGCAACCAAACCGUAUGCUUGCAACAAAGUGAAGGGCAAGAAAACUAUGAAACCAGGAUCAAUGAAGGUCUUGCGUUGUUACAUGCAACACGGCCUCAGUGCGGUGCCCGUGAGCGUCAGUCAGAAGGUCAUUGAAGGUCUACCGUGCGUGUCCUCCCUGAAAGACUUGGGACGCGAUGCUUGUGACUACGGCGUGUCCGUCAUCACUCCUCCCAAGGUGACCCUGCAACUCCUGGAUGUCAUCAGCGAGUUGAAGAUCCAACGUCUCUGGCUUCAACCGGGCUCCGAGUCACAGGAGGUCUUGCAACGAGCUGCAGAACUAGAACUAGGCCUCAUUCAUUCGGGGCCGUGCGUACUGGUCGAGUUGGGCUUCAAUCCGCAGUGGUCUCCACCACAGGCAGUGGCUGAGGGUGAAGCAGCUGAGGGUCGCGUGCAGUGGCGCUUAGACGAACAGCAGGUCUUCACCUUGACCCUGUCGUCCCCGAAGACGCGCAAUGCCUUGAGCCGACCAGUCCUGGAUGCUUUGCAGCAGAUCCUGAGCGAUUUGCCACGCACCACUCGAGUUCUACUGCUCCAGUCGCAGGGCUCGGUCUUCAGCUCGGGCCACGACUUCGGCGACUUCGACGAGGCGUUAGGCACAGAGACGCACCGAAGAACGCUGAAGCUCUGCUCCCAGGUGAACAUGUUGCUACAGCAGAUUCCGCAGCCCACCAUUGCCGUGGUUCAGGGCUUGGCCACGGCAGCUGGAUGUCAACUCGCGUGUUCCUGCGAUUUGGUUUUGGCCGCCGACAGCGCUGCCUUUCAACUGCCCGGCGCUGCCAAUGGCGGCUUCUGUCAUACUCCAGCAGUGUCAUUGGGCAUGCGGGUGCCUCCAAACCUCGUGGCAGAGAUGGCUUUCUUGGCUGAGAAGGUGUCAGCUGAACGGGCCGAGCGGACAGGUUUGGUGAAUCGUGUGAUUCCCAGAGUCAAGCUCUACAGUGAGGCCCGGCGCUUGGCCGAGAAGUUGGCUUCCGCCGAUCCUGUGCAAAUCCAGCGAGGGAAAGAAGUCCUCUACCAGCAGAUCUCCAAGCCCAACCUGGCGGAGAAAUAUCAAGCGGCUGAGCCCGCAAUGCUGGAGAUGUUUGCUACUCCUGCCAGUCAAGAGAUGGUCCGGAAGUUCAAACGCUGA